AUGGAAGAGGUUAAAGAAAUUCAACCUAGAAUUAUAGCUAAUAGAUUUGAAAUUAAGGAAUUGUUAGGAAGUGGUUCGUUUGGAGAAGUAUAUUUAGCAUAUGAUAAGUAAUUGAAUUAAGAAGUAGGGCUUAAGAUAGAUAUAAAUGCUGAUGAGAAUUCUUAAUUACCUAGAGAAGCUAAGUUGUUGUAAAUUUUCUAAGGAGGAGAAGGAAUUCCCAAGCUAUUUUGGUCUGGAGUGGAACAAUAAAGUAAUAAAAAUGUAAUUGCGAUGGAAUUACUGGGCGAAAAUCUUGAAAGUUUGUUAGUAAAAUGUGGUGGAAAAUUUUCAUUAAAAACAGUAUUAAUGUUAGCUGAUUAAAUGAUUAAAAGGAUAGAGUAUGUUCAUAGCAAGGGAUUUGUAUAUAGAGAUUUAAAACCUGAAAAUUUUAUGAUGGGCAAGAAGGGAAAAUCAUAGCAAGUAGUUUAUUUAAUAGAUUUUGGUUUAAUAAAGAGAUAUAAAGACCCAAAGACAAAUAAGCAUAUUCCUUUUAGAGAUAACAAAGGCCUAAUUGGUACAGCUCGUUACGCUUCAGUCAAUACACAUGCAGGAUUAGAAUAAGGUAGGAGAGAUGACUUUGAAAGUUUGAUAUAUCUUCUAAUUUAUUUUCUUAAAGGAAGACUACCCUGGUAAGGAAUAUUAGCUGAAACUAAAGAAAAGAAAUAUGAGAAAUUAAAAUUACACAAAGCUUCAACAACUAACGAAGUAUUAUGUGAUGGAUUACCAAACCAAUUUAUUCAGUUUUGUAAACUUAUACGUGGUCUUAAAUUUGAAGAUUAGCCAAAUUAUUUUAAGCUUAAGUAAAUUUUAAAAGAGUUAUUUUUCGAGCUAGGAUAUUCUUGGGACUAUGUUUAUGACUGGACUGAAUUAAAUGAUGGAAUUAAUAUUAAUCACAUUAAUUAAGUUGAUGCCUUGAAUGUCAAUUAAAUGGAUAACAACUAAUUUAUUACUGACAAACAACCUCAAUUUAUUUGUUAAAUGUGA